CUUCAUGCCUCUCGACGGACACAGCUACCUGACAUCAUACGGAUGGUCAGGCAAAGGCACAGGCCUUCGCACCGGCGCCAUCGACAGGCCCCUUGCCAUCCCUCAAAAACGAAACCUCUCCGGCGUAGGCAAGGAUCGCGACGAGGCAUUCCCCUUCUGGGAUCACCUAUAUUCAGCUGCCACGAAAGCUAUCACCAUCAAGAUAGCAGAUGGUGACGAUGACGACGAUGCCGACGCCGACGAUAAUGAGGAUUCGUUAGGGUCCACGACCCUCCAACUAAAACGUACUGCGACGGGCAUCAUAUCGAAUAGAAGACCGCUGUCGGGAACCCCUGCAUCCGGAACAUCUACCCCAGACUUAGACUCUCACCCACGCAUCUCUAUAAUGACCAUUGCGAAACGUGAGGCUGCAAGAAAGGGCUUAUACUCUCGCUUUUUCCGUGGGCCAACAUUAGCCCCUGAUGAUCCCAGUAAUCUGACAUCAUCCCCUCCGUCCCCCCUCCAUUCUGCCGAUCCUACUCCCGAAAGAGAGAUCGCUCCUCAGACUGACGUCCCAAGCAAAAAGAAAAGCACAAAGCGGAAAAUAUCAGAGCACUCCGAGACUCGAGAUCAGCGGAGAGAAAUAAAACGAUUGAAACGGGAGAAAAGGGAGAAGAAAGCAGCGAAGAAGGCAGCAAAAACUGGGACAGAAAAGUCUAUACUACACGAUCUUGAGACGAAAGACGAACGCAGGGCGCGGAAGGAAGCCAAGAGGGCUUUGAAAGCAUUGAAAAAAUUGCCUGAUAAUGCAGGACUUCGAAAACCACCUGGAGAUGUAGUCUUCAAGAGCGUCGAUCAGCCUCGAUCACGGGGACAACAUGAAAGAACCGUCGAUACUUCUCCUCAGGUUAACGGCCAUGCGACUGUGAACGACAUAGAUACGAAGACGGAUCCAUAAAUUAGCAUUUCAUCCUUUUCACCAUUAUCACAGAUAUACCAUUGCACUACUGUAAUGACAUUC